AUGCUAGAGACAUUCUUCAAUAUCCAGGGCAUUGUGCAUCUGGAAUUUAUCUCUGAAGAAUGCACUCUAAAUAAAGAACUCUAUGUCGAAAUCCUGCAUCAUAUGUGCAAGUCAAUCUGGAACAAGAGACCAAAAAUGUGGGCUGAGCAGUCAUGGGUGCUAUUGCAUGACAACGGUCCUGCUCACCAAUCCUUACUUGUCAACGACUUUCUUAUGAAAAUAAAUGUUCUGCCUCAUCCUCCUUACUCACCUGCUCUUGAACCCUGCAAUUUCUUCCUAUUUCCUGAACUGGCAAGACACUUGCAGGGUCGUUGA